GAAAUUGAAACCUGGGGUGUGGUUUUUCGUGGUUUAAAAAAAUUAUAUGGUACACACGCGUGUAGAGAACAUCAGUUAGCAUUACCAUUUUUGGAAAAAAAUUGUGGUUACAAAGAAGAUAACAUCCCACAAUUGGAAGAUGUUUCAAAUUUUUUAAAAGAUUAUGCUGGGUUCACUCUUCGUCCUGUUAUGGGAUUACUUACAUCACGCGAAUUUCUUAAUGGUCUUGCAUUUCGCGUGUUUCAUUCAACCCAAUACAUUCGUCACCAUUCUAAACCUCAUUAUACACCAGAACCAGAUGUGUGUCAUGAACUUCUUGGUCACGUUCCCUUAUUUUGCGAUCCAGAUUUUGCUGAUUUUUCUCAGGAAAUCGGAUUGGCUUCAUUAGGUGCUAGUGAUAGCGAUAUGGAAAAACUUGCAGCU